CCACUUUCAUGCGCACGCUAUGAUGUGUGCAUUUGGAUACCAUACAACAGAGCUUAUUGCAGCAGUUUUAUGCGGUUUAAUCUUUUUUUCCCUGUUUGGAUACUACUGACUGGGGCAUUGGAUAUGUGCACACGGGAUGAUGAAAACCCCUUUCCUCCCCGCAGAAGUAAGAUAAAAUAGGGUUUCGAAUACAUUGGAUUUACUCCUCUCGUUCCAUAUGAAGAAGUCAAAAAUUUGGAUACGCAUCUGUGUCCAUUUAUUGCUGUGCACCACAUUUGGAGUUCACUCAAGUGAAUUUGGAGAUGCUGUAACAGAUGACAUCACAAGCAUUUCACUAUUGAAACAAAAUAUACCUAAAGAUUACAAGAUUCCUGUGACAUACAUUCCAAAAGAAGUGGGUGGAAUGUGUUGGGUCACGCUAAAUGUUUUCCACUUGGAACUCAGUUUACGAGGAUUGGCAGACAAGUUUGGAAACAUUUCUUCCAACAAAUAUAAUAUCAGCAUAUUGAUCGAAAUGCUGAAAGAGACGCGAUAUCACAUGAAGAACUUGGAGGUGAUCACGUCUGAUUUUGAGUGCCACUAUAGAGACGAGAAAUGGCAGACAGGACACUAUUUUCAGUUUGUUGAAGAUUUUCUAAAAACGGCCCGUUCGAAUAGAGAUUCGCCAGAAGAAUGCGAUCCACCUCCCUGUCCAACAACAACAACAAAGGCAUCAGCAACUACAAUAACAACACAAUACCCCACAUCAGGGAAAGAGCCUCUGAGGUUCCUGCCAGAAGUAGUGGAGAGAAGCCUCCUGUCACUACUUGUAAUUCCUAUUGCAGCCAUCGUGUUUCUGUUUGUGUGGAAGGUGAAAUCCAGGAGCAACCAACAUCAAUCAGAUGAACUGAAAUCAGUGGAAGGAGGCCUCUUCACAGGAACAGAAGAGAGUUUGGCACCUCCACUAGACAACAUUUCUGAAAAGAACAGAUUGAACAUCAUUGAGACAGUGUAAUUGUUCAAGCCUUGGAAAUUGGUGUACAGAGGAGUCAUCUAAGAAAGAGCGAGCAAACAUAAAACUGCAUUUCUUACGGUGAAAGACUUGCUUCUUUCCUGUCCAGAAACGGACAGCCUUCUCAUACCAGAACCAGAUAAUGGCACACAAAAAUGUGCUCAGUCUUAUCACUCCUGCAAUAAGCUGGGAGUUGUUCUAGCGAGAAUAUAUUAACCUGUCAUCUACUAUCAAAUGUCAUCAAAUGAAGCUGAAAAGGGGAGUGUGAUUCUCAUGGAAACAUCUGGAGACACCGGUGAAAACAGUGAACUUCACGGGACAAAGUUGGUUUCACAAGCACUCCCCCGUUUGCACUUUUUGUGGGUUUGGCUGGAGUGUGGACACUGGUUCUACUCCAGAACGCAGCAUAGAACAAACACCUAUAAAUGGCUUUCUUUCAUUAGGACUGAAGCAUAAAUGACUACCUCUAGUCGCCCUCACUUUCCUCAACAGCAUUCCACUCCACCUCCUUAUCCAUUUUGGUUUCCAUUGGACAUUCCCUGAGAAUCUAUUUUGAAAUGAGUUAGCUAGAAAUACUCUCAAAUUUAACCAUCUGUUUUAUUUGAUGUUUUUUUGGCCAUGUACGUACGGAAGGGAUGAGGUUGUGUGAUGGAUUUAUUUAUUUACUCGGAUUGCUGACAGCAUAAUAUUGCUGCAGUUGGAGAGAAGAAACUGUCAGUGAUUCAGCUCAUCUAUAGACAUACUAAAUGAGCAGGAAAAGGUCUACGAGGGUGGUUUAUAAAGACUACAUAACCCAUUAUUCUGCAAUGCAUAAAGCCUACUUAAACAGCACACUGGAAUCUAUAAACACAUGCGUUAUCUAUAUUAAGACAGCCAUAGAGUAUGUGUGAUGGUGUUGUUUAUUGCUUAUGAAUGGGUUGUAUGAAACGCCUUUGUUAGAGUUGUAAAUGUAAAAAAAAAAAAAUGCUACUUUGACUAACUUUCAUUUAUCCCAUUAUAUACAGUAAAAAUGAUUGUCCCUAUAGCAAUCAAUGUUAGAUCAAGGGUAAAUCGUACAUAUCCAUAUUGAUUUAGAUCAGACAUUGAGGAUCUGAUAACACAAGGUUUUUCUAUACCCUCAAUGCACAAGAAAGAGGUGGUCUAGCCUCAAGUAAACCAGUUUUGCAUCAGAUUCUGCAAUUACAUUAGAACUCCGCUCAGGUAUAUUGCAGCCUAACCACCCAUAAGGCAUAUUAUGUAUGUUGCAUGUACACAGCUGUACAGUUUAAUAAUGUGUUGAAGUGGUUCAAAGCUAUGAAUUGACCUUGAGCCAAAAAACAUUUUUACUUGAACAAUAUACUUGUCAAUCCAGUAACCAAGUACCCUAAUGAAUUGUGUUCCAAAUAACCUUCAGUAACCUAUACAGAAAGUGAGCUAAAACGUUUAUUUCUCAGGUAACAAUAUUAGAACAUUUUCUUAACACGCACGUCAAAAGCCAGAAUAUAGCAAAGUUUGGAGAGGACCAGACUCUAAAAUUCACCAUUAUUUAGAAAAGUGAUAUGAUCUGUGAGGACAGUCUCUAGCAGUUUGUCCACUGUCUAUCAAAUCGUGUGGUACUCAGCAACUCAGGCUAAGAUAUUGCAGCAUAAUUAGGAAGAUUAGUCUGAUUAAAAGUUGGGUCCGCAGUCAUGGCCAUCAUUCUAUUAUACCCAAAAUGUUGUGUAUGACAUUUCACCAACUCAUCAGGAGACUACUAAGAGUUGAGGCAAACCGUUGAAAAAAACAGCAACAUGGAGGACCUGAGACCAAGAACCCCAUCUCAUUGAUAGUUGUUGGUUGUCUCUCAGUGACCAUGAACCAAUGGGAUAGAACGUGUUGUGGACCAUACCUAGAGAGUGUUGAAUCAUUGCCCAACUGGUUGUAAUGAUCUCACACCAAUGGAAACAACGUGUUACUUGUGUUGUCAUUGUGGCCCUUAUAUGUUAACCCAUUACCCUCAUUUCAAUACACAAUUUUGAUACUCGUCCAAACAAAAUGGACCCUAAGCCUAAGUGGAAGCCAUAUUAAAUAUCAGGACACAGUCAGAGCAAUAACCCUCUUCCUCUGGACACUUAUACUCCACAACACCAAGCUCUUAUAACGCAAUUCUACACUAAAUAACAUGUGACAGAAAAAUGCAUUAAACUCCAGUUUGCAUUCAUUUAGACAAUCCUGCCUGCAUGUAAUGUUUUAGCUGUUGUACUCUUUAUAGGAAACGGGUCAAAUGGUAAAACCUGUUUAUUUCACCAAGUGUAUUUGGGAAAUUGUCCUCUUGGACUUUUCUGUUAGAAGAGUGUUUUUAUUAUGCAAAAUGGAGUGUAGGUAAAAAAUAAAAACACAUUGGUGUUCAUAUAGUUCUCAGCAAAAGUGACAGUUUCAGCAUGAGAAGCUGAAACUGCUUGGUGUGAGUAAGUGUUGUUUUGUUAAAGGUACAAGAGUAUUCUUUUUCAUCCCCCUCUCCACAAUGAAAAACUAAAAAAAUUGCCACAACAAAACAAUCAUGUAAGCUUUUAAAGAGUUAACUUCAGAAGGUUUGCAGGUGUUUUACAUAUUGUAUGAAUAUUGUGAUGAGUUGAAACAUGGUUUAAGCUGUGAACAGAAAUGUGGUGGCAUCACCCAUGUUCUUGUCUGUCUGAGAGCCUAUGAACACAGAGAUAUGGGGCUGCGUCCCAAAUAACACCCUAUUCCCUAUUUACAGUGCAUUUGGAAAGUAUUCAGACCCCUUGACUUUCACAAUUUGUUAC